AUGGUGCCGGCUCUUCAAAACAAGAAUAUUAAUACAGACGUUAUUGAAUCGCAGGCAACAAUGAAAGCAGAAUUUUGCACACACGAGGCCGAGGAAAGUUCUAUCGGUACAAAUGAUCACUCACUAGAAAAGAUUCUUACUCCUUACGAAGGAAAAACAGCGGUCAUGUCAGCAGAGAAUGAUAGUAUUACAGUGACAACUGAAUCGUCGAUAAGUCCAGACACUAUAGUUGCCCUCGGCGGCAAAGACGCAGCGAACGACUUUGUGGAGAGUUUUGCAGCCUCGUUUGCAGAGAAAUACACCACGGAAUUUCUGCAGCAGCUUGCACAAAUGAAGAAGGCAAAGGCAGUUGUGUCGAAUGAGAACGUUGUGGUUGAUGAUCCAGAAGAAUUGCUAGCUUCUGAUGGUCUAAAAGAAGAAGCCGGCUGUGCACAGCUCGAAAAGCCAUUGCCCGAGCGAAAGCCUUCUGUACCGGCUCCCGAGUUAGCGGAGAUGAUUUACACAGAGUCGGCUGAAAGCAUUAAUCAGGAACCUGUGCAGGAGAGGCGACAUGGAGACCCUCUGGUGAAAGAGGAAAGCGCUCAAAAGACUCAACCUAUACAGUCACGAAGAUCAUCCAAAGAUGAACAGAAACGUGCGAGAAGCUCGAGCAGUUCUAGUCAAAUCUCCUCCACUAGCGCCAGUAGUUCCACCAGUAAGCGAUCUGAUGAUGUUAAAAGUGAAUACGAGGCCAAAGAAGCAUUGGUUGAAGAGAUGAAGGUUCAGAUUUGGAAGAUCGACGACAUUUUCGAUGAAGCAAGCCGCGAGCGGGUCUUCGUUACUCAUGAUUCAAUCAAAAGACCUACGGCGAAAGAUGAAGAAUUGAGCUCUGAGAAAUACAGCAAAUGGAUUCUGAUUCUUCGCCGUGUCUUCGAAAACGACAACAAAACCCUCCGGAAAACCAUGUUGGAUAUUCAAAGCCCAUUCAUUCGUGACAUCAUACACGAUAUUGUCAAAGAGGAGCGGGCGAUGCUUUUGAGCAAAAAUUCAAUAGAUUGGCCAAAUGAUAACGUUUUCAGAUAUAGAAAAGGUAUUCAGGAUGCUGCUAUCGAGAAAGGCGAGCUCGCCGUAAAGCACGUGGGCGUGUUGUUGAAACUUAUAGACACCGAGUACUCAACUCGAAUCAAGGAUAUUGAAAACAUGUUCGCUAAACGCACUUCAUCUUUUGAGAUUCUUCGGGAAGCCUUCUGGCCCGGGGAUAUCGUCGUGAAAGGCAUGUCAGAUAACCCCCGAGCUUUCCGCCUUGUCGAAGCAUUCUACAAAGUGAAACGAAGUUUUGGGGGCGGGCCUGAUGAGGUGACUCUUAUCGUUAAGACAGAAUACAUAGAUUUCUCAGGACAUGAGUUUGGCACCGUAUCGGAGAAAUUUCGAGUUCCGGAAUACCCUGGAAUCAAUUUCAUAUCUGAAUUGGACGUAUUUCCUCUGAAAUAUCAUCCUAACAAGGAGGUGGUAGAGAGGAAUCUCAUAGCCCGAGGCCGAAUAUUUGCAGCGCUCAAAGGCCAGAAUCAUAGGGUCUACAAUGGCCCAGUAGACGAAGUUGACACUUACCGACGACCUGGGAGAUACUCUUCACCAGCAGAUUCGAAUGAAUCAUCAGAGAUAAGUUCGGACAUUAUCAUCGACACCGUCACCUUUAAUAGAUUCAAUGCCAGUAAAUCGAUUUCGGUAUCUAACAUCAGCGAUGAGCUUAACGACGGAGAGCUGACAGAAGACCACUUGAUGAUCUGUACUAACCAAAUCCCCUUCUACUCGUUGCAAGACAAGAAGUUUCACAAAGGAAGCAUCGAGAACAUCGAGGACAAGAUCUUCAAUGAGAAAGUAUUCUCCCAAUUAGUGCUUCCGGAACCGACGAAGGAGUUAGUUCGUGUACUGGUCCGGAACCACAAGAGGGGAAGAGAUUUUGACGAUUUCAUAAAGGGUAAAGGGAAGGGUCUUGUACUUCUUCUCCAUGGGCCGCCUGGAGUCGGAAAGACAAUGACAGCUGAGGCCGUUGCCGAAUAUACCCAUCGCCCACUCUACGUGGUCACCUGUGGUGAACUAGGUACAACAGCCGAAUCGCUUGAAGCUUCACUUGAGCGCGUCCUUGAUAUUUCAAAUGCAUUUGGCGCGGUCCUUCUCCUAGACGAAGCGGACAUUUUUCUCGAACAACGCACAACGUCUGAUCUACAACGAAACGCACUUGUCUCCAUAUUUUUACGCCUCCUAGAAUACUAUAAAGGAAUACUAUUCUUGACAACCAACCGUAUUCGAACUUUCGAUGACGCUUUUCAUUCUAGAAUUCAUGUCACGCUUGCUUACUCGAACCAUGAUGCUGUUACACGGGAGCAGAUUUGGCGGAAUUUUGGUGCUCAUAUGGCUCCUGGCCUUGGGAUUGAAGACGAUGAUUACAAAGAGCUGGCUACGUGGGAACUUAAUGGACGGCAGAUCAAAAAUGUGAUCGGCUCGUGUAAAGCUUUGGCGGUGGAUCGAGGGGAUCAGAUUAAUAUUACUGAUCUCCGGACUGUUCUGCAAACUUCAAUCAUUUCCGGGUCAAAGGGGAUAGGUCAAUAUACGCAGUGA